AUGGACGAAUGGAAGGAAACAUUUCGAGCCAUUUAUGGGAAAUCGCCGACAGCUGAGGAUCUCGAAUUGGCGCCGAGUUGCCUAAAAGAAAAUGUUCCAAAAAUUGAGAAAAGCCCGAAAACUCAGCAACGCGGUGUGAAGCGAAAAGCGUUCGCGAUGAAAAUGCUCGACGGCGAGGAAUUUAGUCCGGUUAAAAAAUGGGUACUAAUUUUGAUUGUUGAAAAAAAAUUGCAAAUUUUUGAUUUUGUGUUUCUCGUUGUGCAGAAGAAAAAACCGACGGACGAGGCGUUGACGCCAAUUCGGAAAUCGCCAAGAAAACGUUUGGCGCCACCGCCAAAAUUUGAGAUGGCGUCUGUCUCGCCGCGAAAACGAGCAACAAUUGUCGAUUCACCCGAAAAAUCGCUCGAUUUCACGCCGACAAUUAGUAGCUCAACAAAAAAAUGGCGACAAAUCGAUAUCGAUGCGGUCUCGCCGCGAAAAAUCGUCGCCACAUCGUCGACGCCGAUCAAAUCGCCGGUAAAAAUCGCGUAUCAGCGUCAGCUAACUGUGAAAAAGAAUAUUGGAAUGCUUUUGAUGGCGACGCCCGAGAAGAGGAGAGACGAUGAGGCGGAGCUGAUUGAGCACUUCGAGGAUGAGACGACUGACGAGGUCGCCGCUGCCGCGCCGUGUCUCGCGCCGAAAACAUUGAAGACGAAGAAGGCAUUGGCGUCGAAGGCGAACUUCCAGAAGAUCAAUCUACGAAAGAAGACGUUCGUUCGCGGCAAAGUCACCGCCGAGCAGAAGCGAAAAUUCCGAAGGAAGCUGAUGUUCAAAAAGUCGGGCGGCGCUCGAUAA